AUGGGGAGGAGCAGGUGGAGGAAUGAUGUGAGAGGAGAGAGUGACAUUAUGAAUACGCUGUGUCCCCUAGUCCCCCAAUGCCGGAGUCCUGCUCCAGCGGGACAGGAGUUGCCUGAGGGGAAGACGGAGUCGGCGCGGACAGAGUACACGACACUCCUAGAUACUUCUGCUAUGCCCCGUCGUACUCCAUUAUAUCGGAAACCAUCAUGGUUGGGGGAUGAUGAGGUGGAUGAACAAAGAGCUUUCAAGUCAAGUGGCAAGCCUGAAGAGAAAAAUCGUGAAACUGGAACAUCAGGGUGCAGCAUAGAUGCCAAGCAAGUUGAGGAACAAUCUGCAGCUGCAAAUGAAGAAGUACUUUUUCCUUUCUGUAGGGAACCAAGUUAUUUUGAAAUCCCUACGAAAGAAUUUCAGCAACCAUCACAAAUAACAGAGAGCACUACUCAUGAAAGCUCAACAAAAGACACACCAAGUUCUCAUACAACAGGUGCAGGGUAUGCUUCAUUUACCAUUGAAUUUGAUGACAGUACCCCAGGGAAAGUAACUAUUAAAGGUUAUGUGACAAAAUUUACUUCUGAUCGGCGCCACAAAUCAAAGAAGUGUUCUCCUGGAACACAAGACCUGCCAGGGAUUCAAACUGGAAUGAUGGCACCAGAAAACAAAGUAGCUGACUCGCUGGCACAGAACAACCCUCCUCAGAUGGUAUGGGAAAGAUCAGAAGAGGAUUCCAAAAGUAUUAAAAGUGAUGUUCCAGUUUACUUAAAAAGAUUGAAAGGAAAUAAACAUGAUGAUGGUACACAAAGCGACUCAGAAAAUGCUGGGGCUCACAGGCGCUCUAGCAAACGUGCAACUCUUGAGGAACACUUAAGGCGCCACCAUUCAGAACAGAAAAAGCUACAGAAGACCCAGGCUACUGAAAAGCAUCAAGACCAAGCUGUUACUAGCUCUGCGCACCACCGAGGGGGGCAUGGUGUUCCACAUGGGAAAUUGUUAAAACAGAAAUCAGAGGAGCCAUCGGUGUCAAUUCCCUUCCUACAAACUGCAUUAUUAAGAAGUUCAGGGAGUCUGGGGCACAGACCAAGCCAGGAGAUGGAUAAAAUGUUAAAAAAUCAAGCUACUUCUGCUGCUUCUGAAAAGGAUAAUGAUGAUGACCAAAGUGACACGGGUACUUAUACCAUUGAGUUAGAGAGUCCCAACAGUGAGGAAGUGGAAGCAAGAAAAAUGAUUGACAAGGUAUUUGGAGUGGAUGACAAUCAAGAUUAUAAUAGGCCUGUUAUCAAAGAAAAACAUAAAGAUCUGGUAAAAGAUUGGGCUCUCAAUUCUGCUGCAGUAGUAAUGGAAGAAAGAAAACCACUGAGUACACCUGGAUUUCACAGCUCAGAGGAAGGCACAUCUUCAUCUGGAAACAAGCGUUGGGUUUCACAAUGGGCUAGUUUGGCUGCCAAUCAUACAAGGCAUGAUCAAGAAGAAAGGAUAAUGGAGUUGUCUGUACCUGUUGCUUUAGAGAAUGAUACAGAUAUCAGUGAAUCUGGCCUUUCAGUGAGAAGUACUCGCUCAGCAACUUCCUUGGCUAGUCAGGGAGAGAGAAAGAGACUAACCCUUCCCCAGCUUCCAAAUGCAGAAAAGUCUCUUAAGAGCUCCAGAACAAAGGUUAUAGCACAGAGGUCAGAGAUAGGAGACAAGCAAGACACGGAACUUCAGGAGAAAGAAGCACCUACACAGGUAUACCAGAAAGAUAAACAGGAUGCUGAGAGAGCCCUAAGUAAAAUGAACAGGGCAGUAAAUGGUGAGACUCUUAAAAGUGGUGGAGAUAAUAAAACCCUGCUUCACUUAGGCAGCUCUUAUUCUGGAAAGGAGAAAAGUGAAACUGAUAAGGAAGCUUCUUUUGUAAAGCUAAGAUUACCUAAAAUCCAGCAACAAAAACAAAAGGAACAGGCACAGUGGACACCUACUAAAAUAUCUUCUUCAAAAAAUAUUUCAGGUCAGAUAGAUAGAUGUAGGGAGGAACCUUUCAAACAGGAGUCACAACCUCAAGAAAAACUUCCAGGACUUUCUAUAAGCAAAGGCGAAAGAGUGAUACAAAACGAGAGUAAGCGAAGAAAAGCUGAGGAAAUUCUGAAAAGUCAGACUUCAAAGGGAGGAGACAAGAAGGAAUCCUCCAAGUCAUUAGUGCGGCAAGGAAGCUUCACUCUGGAAAAACCUAGCCUCAACAUACCCAUAGAACUUAUUCCCCAUAUAAAUAAACAGGCUUCAUCUACAUCCUCUUUAGCGUUAACAACUGCCAGCAGAAUACGAGAAAGAAGUGAUUCUAUGGAUACUGAUUCUAGUUUGGACACAACCCUUAUUCUAAAAGACACAGAAGCAGUAAUGGCUUGUCUAGAAGCUAAACUGCGUGAAGAUAAUAAAACUGAUGAAGGCCCAGAUACUCCCAGUUAUAACAGAGACAACUCCAUUUCACCUGAAUGUGAUGUGGACACAGCUAGUACAAUCGGCCUGGUUACUGGAGAGACAGAAAGGAAGUCAACCCAAAAGCGAAAGAGUUUCACUAGUCUCUAUAAAGAUAGGUGUUCCACAGGUUCUCCUUCCAAAGAUGUUACAAAGUCAUCAUCUUCAGGUGCUAGAGAGAAAAUUGAAAAGAAAACAAAAAGUCAUUCCACAGACGUAGGUUCUAGGGCAGAGGGUCGUAAAUUUGUGCAGUCCAGUGGAAGAAUAAGGCAGCCUUCAGUAGAUUUAACAGAUGAUGACCAAACCUCUAGUGUACCUCAUUCAGCCAUCUCUGAUGUUAUGUCAUCUGAUCAGAAAACUUACUCUUGUAAAUCUGACGGAAGGACUCCACUUACCUUAGUGGAUGAGCAUGCACAUUCCAAACUGGAAGGAAGUAAAGUAACUAAAUCCAAGACUUCUCCUGGAGCACCUGGUUCAUCCAGUAAAUCAACCACUCUCCCAAGGCCACGACCCACCAGGACUUCCCUCUUGCCCAGAGCCCGACUUGGUGAAGCUUCACACAGUGAACUCGCCGAUGCUGACAAAGCAUCUGUGGCUUCUGAAGUGUCCACAACAAGUUCGACAUUGAAACCUCCCACAGGAAGGCGUAACAUUUCUAGGAUUGAUUUGUUAGCUCAGCCUCGUAGAACAAGGUUUGGCUCACUAUCAACUCUCAUUGACUCUGAAGCAACAACCUCUAGAAGCAGUGCCUCUUCACGGACCGCAGAAGCCAUCAUUAGAAGUGGAGCCAGAUUAGUACCUUCAGAUAAAUUUUCUCCUAGAAUUAGAGCUAACAGUAUCUCUCGACUAUCUGACUCCAAGGUCAAAAGUAUGACCUCAACACAUGGCUCUCCUUCAGGUACUUCUGCUAUGCCCCGUCUUCCUCCAUUAUAUUGGAAACCAUCAUGGUUGGGGGAUGAUGAGGUGGAUGAACAAAGAGCUUUCAAGUCAAGUGGCAAGCCUGAAGAGAAAAAUCGUGAAACUGGAACAUCAGGUACUUCGGCUAUGCCCCGUCUUCCUCCAUUAUAUCGGAAACCAUCAUGGUUGGGGGAUGAUGAGGUGGAUGAACAAAGAGCUUUCAAGUCAAGUGGCAAGCCUGAAGAGAAAAAUCGUGAAACUGGAACAUCAGGUACUUCGGCUAUGCCCCGUCUUCCUCCAUUAUAUCGGAAACCAUCAUGGUUGGGGGAUGAUGAGGUGGAUGAACAAAGAGCUUUCAAGUCAAGUGGCAAGCCUGAAGAGAAAAAUCGUGAAACUGGAACAUCAGGUACUUCGGCUAUGCCCCGUCUUCCUCCAUUAUAUCGGAAACCAUCAUGGUUGGGGGAUGAUGAGGUGGAUGAACAAAGAGCUUUCAAGUCAAGUGGCAAGCCUGAAGAGAAAAAUCGUGAAACUGGAACAUCAGGUACUUCUGCUAUGCCCCGUCUUCCUCCAUUAUAUCGGAAACCAUCAUGGUUGGGGGAUGAUGAGGUGGAUGAACAAAGAGCUUUCAAGUCAAGUGGCAAGCCUGAAGAGAAAAAUCGUGAAACUGGAACAUCAGGUACUUCGGCUAUGCCCCGUCUUCCUCCAUUAUAUCGGAAACCAUCAUGGUUGGGGGAUGAUGAGGUGGAUGAACAAAGAGCUUUCAAGUCAAGUGGCAAGCCUGAAGAGAAAAAUCGUGAAACUGGAACAUCAGGUACUUCGGCUAUGCCCCGUCUUCCUCCAUUAUAUCGGAAACCAUCAUGGUUGGGGGAUGAUGAGGUGGAUGAACAAAGAGCUUUCAAGUCAAGUGGCAAGCCUGAAGAGAAAAAUCGUGAAACUGGAACAUCAGGUACUUCGGCUAUGCCCCGUCUUCCUCCAUUAUAUCGGAAACCAUCAUGGUUGGGGGAUGAUGAGGUGGAUGAACAAAGAGCUUUCAAGUCAAGUGGCAAGCCUGAAGAGAAAAAUCGUGAAACUGGAACAUCAGGUACUUCGGCUAUGCCCCGUCUUCCUCCAUUAUAUCGGAAACCAUCAUGGUUGGGGGAUGAUGAGGUGGAUGAACAAAGAGCUUUCAAGUCAAGUGGCAAGCCUGAAGAGAAAAAUCGUGAAACUGGAACAUCAGGUACUUCGGCUAUGCCCCGUCUUCCUCCAUUAUAUCGGAAACCAUCAUGGUUGGGGGAUGAUGAGGUGGAUGAACAAAGAGCUUUCAAGUCAAGUGGCAAGCCUGAAGAGAAAAAUCGUGAAACUGGAACAUCAGGUACUUCGGCUAUGCCCCGUCUUCCUCCAUUAUAUCGGAAACCAUCAUGGUUGGGGGAUGAUGAGGUGGAUGAACAAAGAGCUUUCAAGUCAAGUGGCAAGCCUGAAGAGAAAAAUCGUGAAACUGGAACAUCAGGUACUUCGGCUAUGCCCCGUCUUCCUCCAUUAUAUCGGAAACCAUCAUGGUUGGGGGAUGAUGAGGUGGAUGAACAAAGAGCUUUCAAGUCAAGUGGCAAGCCUGAAGAGAAAAAUCGUGAAACUGGAACAUCAGGUAAAAAAAGCUCAGACUAUGACAUUAAGUAG